AUGAAGAAAGCUUUGGUAGGCGAAAAAGCCAAUUCAAGAACUUUCACGGGAUGCUGGGCGUGCCGAUAUAAAAAACGACGUUGUGACGAACGAAAGCCGUACUGUUCACUGUGUUUGCUUCAUGGAGACAAGUGCUGCUAUGAUGUACGACUGGUUUGGCAAAACGAGAAUAUUUUCUCUGUCAAUGGGGACAACGAACUCAUCACUUGGAAAAAACUCAAGAAGCUAUGUAAGAAACCCUGCAAGAAUAGGAUGUCCAAACAGGAAUUUUGUCGGAGGACAAAAUUCCGCGAGCUUUCUCCAGCAAAUUCGGACGAUGAAAGUACCGGUAAGGACAUAGCUCAAGACAGUGAUAGAGUAGACGAUACCGAAUUGCAGGACUGGGAUCGUAAUGACAGUGACGGUGGAGACGAAAAGAGGGCGACUUCUUUCACGAUCAGUGUUCGAAGGCUCAAACUGUACGAAAACGCACUCGAUUGUGUUCAUGGGAAAAAAAUCAAAGACUACAGCCAACGACAUGUCAAUCAACAGCUUUCAGAACUUUUAACUGCGCUAGAAGAACGAAGUCGAAAUGGAGAAUGCUGUGGCAGUGGCCCGUUCCACGUCUUUAAACAAUUGACCUCUGAAAGCUCACUAGCGAUCAAACACGUAUCUCCGAGUCUUCAGGCUUUCAAAUCUGAACCUACAUGUUGUGGGCCCGCCGUUCUCCCCGAUACUCCAAUAUCGCAAUCAUCGUCUUCUUCUGCUCGUCCGUCCACAGCAGACGAGACCAGCACAUUCCUAGUGUGCCAAUGGCCUCUGUUAUUGCAGUCAAACCAGUCGAAUUUCUGUAUACAACAACCGGCUUACGUGGAAUGGUUGACAAGCUGCAUCGAGAGCGGUAUCAGUUCAGCAGACCCGGAAUUCUUGGAAGAACUGAUGCAGCAGAGAUUGCAGCCUUCAAAAUGGCUCCCUUUGAUACCUCAGUUUUCAAUGGAAAUGCAGACAAUGUAUCUGGUGCUAAUGGUUCUUGAAGAUGCUUCAAAUCAAUACGUGGACUAUCUCUCUCGAUGGAUACAGUCGCAAACGAAAAUUUCGUAUCUAUCCUUCCCGUUACUGGCCUACACCUUGAGUCACAAUACGAGUAUCACUUUUCUCAUCCACUGUCAUGAACUUCUGUCCGAGGCUGGCCUACAGGACCUAUUCCAGUACGAUUUGACGGCAAUGUUGAAGAUUAACACAGUCCGCCUAAUAUUACAACACUGGAGCAAUGUAAUGAUGGACCAAAUUUGUGAAUGUAAAGACACAACGCAUGCAGAAAUGCAACUUAAAUUCUGGGAAUUGCAGUUGCAAUGCAACGAGGAGUUUUAUAGAGACAUAUGUUUGGUCUAA